UGGAACGCUCUUUUCGUUGACCGUCGACGAAGCUGACAGAAGGGUGUUUGCCUGCCUAGAAGCCUCUCAUCUUACCUUACCUUAGGGCCGGGACCCGGACCCCGGAGAAGUCGUGUUGAGCCGAACUCCUUCAUCGCAGCAUGGUUUACUAUGGUGCGCUGAGUAAGGGUUGUCAGCGCUGUCGUCAACGGAAAGUAAAGUGUGAUCAACGCAGACCGGGAUGUCUAAAGUGCGAGAAGGGGCAGAAGCCUUGCCCCGGCUAUCGGAACUUAACAGACCUUGUCUUUCGGGACGAGCGCCAACGCAUCAGAAGGAAGCUUGGUGUCGAAGGGACUUUGUCAAAGCCAAGAAAACUGCCAAUCAACUACGCGUUGUGUCUAGACAUUGAAGACAGGGCCGUCCCCUUUUUCUUCACCCACUACACCACUACUGGACCGCCGUUCUGCGACUCAUACCAAUCAUGGCUUGCGGAGACGUAUCGCGAAGAGUCUCCUCAUAACCUAGUCCGACAUAGCAUCCAAGCAGUAGGCAUGGCUGCCAUCUCUAAUGUUUCCAACGCCCCUGAAGUCGUGUUGCGAGCCAAAGAGCGAUAUGGGCAGGCCUUGAAAGCUACUAAUAUGGCUCUGCAUGACCCUUCUCAAGCCACGGCAGAUACGACUCUCAUGGCAAUCCUCUUGCUUGGUCUAUUUGUUACAAUCAUGUUUGAAAGCUGGAAUGAUAGCCAUGCGUGGACGGCACAUAUCGAGGGCGCAACAGCCCUGCUACACCUUCGCGGCAAAGACCAAUUCACUAGAGAGCUUGGAAUACAGCUUUACAUACAAUUCAGACAACAAAUCCUCCAAGCCUGCAUGCAUCGAGGUGUACCCGUACCCCCAGCUUUGGUCGAGAUAACCAUGCAAUUCGAGGCCAGCCGACAAGGAACAGAGUACAACAGUCUACCUCCCGGAUCAUUGGCAGUACUUGGCUUCAGACUCGUCAAUCUCUCUGCAGCCAUGAACGCUCAACAAAUAACAGACGCCGACGCAAUCUGCCGGAUAGCCGUUGACAUUGAUAGUGAUCUCAACGCCUGGGCUUCAAGGUCAUCGCAGUCUGAUCGGAAGUUUCACGAGGCUGAAGCAGAUGCACCUGAGAGAGAAAAUAGUUUCAACGGGAGACGCCAUGUGUAUAACAGCGUUUGGGGAGCUCAAGUCUGGAACAACUGGCGGUCGCUGAGCAUAGUGACAAACCGCAUUGUCCUUGACCAUGUCGAUAAGCAGAACUUUGACGAUGGUGCACUGAAAGAGAGAAUGCGCUUCGAAAGUAUCUCGAUCAUCCAGCGUCUUUCGAUGGAUAUAUGCAUAUCCACAUCUAGUCUAUCGGGGACACCGCGAGCACCUUCAAUGAUCUGGCCGCUGCACAUCAUCUCUCAAGAAGAAGUCAACUUACCGAAUGUGCGAUCGUGGGCAGUGGAGCAGCUAGUAGGUAUCAGGAAGUCUAUGGGCAUCAAACAAGCGGCUGUUCUGGCAAACACCAUGGGCUGAAACUUGAAAGUGUUGGUUUUAAGGGUAUCUAUCUUUGGAUAUUGAUAGACAAGGCCCAGUUAGUAUUUACAAUUGAGCCAACCAAAGCUGCUUUUGAACUAGCAAUGUCUUUGCAAUAAUCUGUCUAAUUUAUCAUAGUUGCAACUCACAACAGCGAGUCACCAGAUUAAGCAA